UGGCUGCCACCCUCUGUCUAUUACCACCAUGUAGGGGGUGUGGAAAAUAGGACAAAAACCAGGGAAAGGACAGAGUACUGCUCACAUAGGAUUCUACUGGAAAAGGACAGGACUGGGAUAUGCACAGACACUAAGUUUUUACAGCAUUUGUAUCAGCUCCAGGCUCAUUAUAGCAGUUUAAAGCAGCAGCAAAAUUUACAGAGGGAGAUUGCUAGAGUUUUGAAAUUAGAAAAUUCAAUACUACGUGAACGUGUGGACUGGCUGCAGAAAAUAUCAAAACUGGAAGAAAGAGUGGAGGAGUUAACCAGGGAAAAAAUUCAGUGUGAAGAAGAAAAUCUAAAUCAGACCAAAUCAUUGCUAAAAGUUCGUGAUGAACUCUACUCAGAAAAACAUCACUGGGAGACAAGGUACGAGACCUCACAGAUGAAAUUUGAAGACGAUAGGGCAAUGUAUACUAAUCAGGUGUCUAGCUUGCAGGAGCAACUGCUGGAAUCUAAAAACAAAAAUGUCAAUUUAUCUGCUGAGGUGAUGCAACUGGAUUAUCAGCUUAUGGUGGCCAAUGAAAAAAUAGCCCAUCUUGAAUCAGAGACUUUUGCAAACAUCGAGACUCUGCAACAGUGCAGGGAGAAUUCCGCGCACUGCGACCAACAACUUGUGCAAGUUUGGGAGCAGUACAGGAAUGAGAGCGAAGGGUGCAAGAGUCUCAAGAUCAAAGCAGCCCAAUUAGAAUCACACUGUCAACUCAAAUCAAGGUCGUUGUCUCAAUUCCAGGCCAUGGGUAAAAAAUUUGAAGAAAUGACCAAUAACAUUUUACAACCAAGUCUGUUGACUGAUGUGAAAGAAGAAUCCUCAAAUGACAAGGACAAUGACGACUUUGAACCCUACCUCCAUAAUGAAAUACAAAAAGACGACAAGUACCCUUUUAUAAAUACCAUCAACCAAAUUCCUACAGAUCUAUCAUAUGAACUGUUUGCAGCAAAACAACUGGGGAACCUUCUCCAGUUCAUGGCAAGCAAUUAUAAUUUAACACAGCAAAUACACAGCCGUGUCCAGAACCUGGAAAACACUGUGAGCAACACCAGAGACACUUUAGAGCUCAUCCGCAGCAAUCAAACCGAUUUAGAGAAUUUAAUUUCCAGAGGGUUUACCAAGCUAGCUUAUCAUAACAGCACCUAUAAGGUUAUUGAGAGCAUUUUGGAAGAUAAAUGGCUUGAUUCCACAGCGCCCCUGCUGGUGGAACUAAUUGGCAAUCAGACCGGUCAGGUUAGAGAAAGCGUCCUAAACUUUACCAAAUGGUUGCACUGUCUGUGGCCAAAUAAACCAAAAGACUGCUCCGAGAUUUGUUUCAUCAAACAGAGGCUUAAUCCUGUCCAGACAAUUUACCUUGGAGACAACCUUGACCCCAUCACUGUGAUAUGCCAGGAGGGAUGGACACUCAUUCAACACAAGACUGACGAAGGUGGCGUAGAUUUUGAUCGCAAUUGGGAUGAGUACAAAACUGGCUUUGGCAAUGUUAAGGAAGAUGGAGACUUUUGGCUUGGCAAUGACAUUAUUCAUCAGUUGACAAAACACCAGGACUACAAAAUCCAUAUUGAUAUGAUAUCGCAUGACUUCACAUGGUACUUUGCCGAAUACAAGAACUUCUCUAUUGGCACUGAGGAAGACAACUACAAACUUCGCGUGGGUAAAUUCCACGGAUCUUUACCUGAUGCCCUGAACAUAAACAACAUGCAGUAUGUUUCCAAUGGUCAAGCCUUCACAACGAAAGAUCACGAUAAUGAUGGCUGGGCUGGAGGGAAUAAUGCUAAUGCCUAUGGAGGUGGCUGGUGGUAUAACUACGGUACCAAUGCACCGCUUAAUGGAUGGAGCAUGUGGUACCAAGGAAAGAAAGACCCUAUAUACCUCAAGAGAGUGACCAUGAAAAUAAGACCAAUGACCCAAGAUGACCAGUUUUAGGAAAUAAUAUAUUUUCAUCAUAAUGAUAUCAGUGCAUAGUUAGGACAUCAUCUUUUUUCUAAGCUCCCUUAUAUUUUUUAUCCAUUCUUUUAUAGACUGAAAUUUUUUGAUGAUGGGUAAAAUGUUUGUAAAUGAAAGCUGGAACCCUUGAUGGUUCUUAGGGAAGGUGACAUUUUACAUAAAAUCUGCAUCUCAGUUAGGCUUAAAAAUCUAAAAUAUUGAACAUCAAUUUGGACACGAGGAUGGGGAGAUAAAUAAUUAUCUUAAGAUGUUAAAGUAUAGAGUUUAUCUCUUUUUUUCCACAUAAUUAGAAAAAUAUUAGGAAUUAGAGCAUCUUCUACAUUUUGUGCAGUUUUCACAAAUAUUGGCAAUUUUUUUAUGUGUUGACAAAUCAAAAAAAAAUCUGUGAACAAUUAAUUUACACAUCUUUAUCUGUAUCUAUUUCUGCAACAUUAUUAAAGGGAUACUAACUCUUCGUUUUGGCCAAAAAAUGAAUUUUCCCGGAGUAAACAACAAUUUUCCCAUACUUACC